AUGGAUAUACAAGUGGCAAAUCAUAAGAACUUCUCUGUCAAUGAAACGGAAGAUGUAUUGAAUACUCUUAGGAAUAAAAGUGAAUCUAAUAUACAAAAUAUAGUUGAUGGAGGCUCCGAGAAACCACUUACACUGGAAGAUGUAUUAUAUGAAACAACUUCUGCUGCUUCUGCAUAUAACCGUACUAACUAUGGUUUAUUGGGUAUUUUGAAUGUUAUUCGUAUGACAGAUUCUGAUUUAAACAUUUUAGCACUAGGCACAGACUUGACAACUUUAGGUCUAAAUUUGAAUUCAUCGGAAUGUCUGUAUAUUAACUUUGAUUCUCCGUGGAAUAACAAUAAUAAUAUAGAGAGUAACAAUAGUGAAAUAAUAAGAGCAUUUUCUUACUCUCCUACCUAUACACCACAAAUGAUAGGUUUAAAAUCUUCAUACGUACAGAAGUUUGCUCUGGAAACCCUCUUUUACAUAUUUUAUAAUAUGCCACAAGACCUUUUACAGGGAUUUGCUGCAGUAGAAUUGUGCAAUCGUGGUUGGCUUUACAACCCAGAAUUAUUUCUUUGGUUUACCAAGAUAAAAAGGAGUGAAGAUAAUAAAUGUGAAUGGUUUGUCUUUGAUAUUAAGAAAUGGGGUAAAUUCCCAAGUUCAGAACCACUUUCAGGAAUUUUAUUAUCUAUUGAUGAUAUUAGACCAAAUGUAGAAGAAGGUGUACGUAUCCACUCUAAGUGGAUUCAGGAACAAAAUCAAAUUUAUCAGAUGAUGCAACAUCAAAUUCAACAGCAGCAUUCAGCUGGAAGAUCAAAGCAAGCCGAACUACCUAUUCAAACAGGGAAUUCAGCUAGUGCUGAUUUCUCAAAUAUACACAAUAAUCAGAGAAACCUUCAAACAGCCUACUCUCCAGGUGGCGUUCAUACUUCAUUAUCUAAUAUGAAUUCAAAUUUUAGACCAGAACAUAGACCUGCAACAAAUUUUUCUAAUCGUUAA